AUUCUUGAGCGACACGCCGCGCUAGUCUCGUCCAAUCAAAACAUUAUCAAAUCCCAUUUUAAAAACCGGGAGAAAAUUAAUGGAAUCUCUCCGGCUGAUGCAUAUGCAGCUAGCUUGCCAUGUUACCCCUCCAUGGCCGCGUUGCGACUCAGUUCAGUGACAAGAUCGAUCCUAAAUGGGCGACGAUGGCGGCGGCGUGAAGGUGGCGGCGGCGGCGGCGACGACGGCGACGGGGAUGAAGCAGAUCACGCGGCUGAGGGAGCUGCUGCAGAAAUGGCAGGCGAUGGCGCUGGGGGCGAAUAAGGGUGAUGUUGCCACCGCCGGAGACGAGGAAGACGAGGAGGUGGUGGAGGUGGCUCCGGCGGCGGCGGCGGCGGCGGCGAUACCGCCGUUCGUGAUGAGGCGGCUGCAGAGGACGGUGACGGUGGACUCCGACGACGAGAGCUGCCAGAGCCCGGAGCCGCCGGCGGACGUGCCGAGGGGGUACUGCCCGGUGUACGUGGGGCCGGAGCAGCGGCGGUUCGUGAUCCCGACGAGGUACCUCGGCCACCCGGUGUUCCGGCUGCUGCUGGAGAAGGCGGAGGAGGAGUUCGGCUUCUGCCACCAGGGCGCGCUCGCCAUCCCCUGCGAGACCGAGGCCUUCAAGUACAUCCUCCAGUGCGUCGAGCGCCACGACAACGGCCUCGCCGCCGGCGACGUCGUCGACGGCGUCGUCGACGUCAACGACCGUGCGCCGCCGCGCGACUAGUAGCAGUUUCUUCGAUUGCUUUAUUAAUUAAUUACUUAAUUAAUUAAUUAGCUCGCGAUCGAGACGGAGCUAGCCGUCAGAAAUGAUUAAUCGUAAUCCAUGGGGGUUGUAAACUUGUAAUGGAACUGCAUUUUGUUGUACGCUGUUGUAACACAGUAUUCCUAGAUGAAAAAUUAAAAUGACAUGUAAUAUUUGAUUGUUACGAUCUAGCCAAUGCAAUAUCUGUCGAGCUCUUCGCGUGUUA